UUUGCAUAGGGCCCAGAAAUUCAUCAAAUAUUUUGCUCAUAAUUUAAGAAAAGCCGUUUCACAAUGAUCACACAUUAAUGUUUGCAUUAUUUCUUUUAAUGUGUACUGUUUUAUAUGUUGUGCUUUCAUUUAGUCUGCAUUCAAUAAUUAUCCCAUCUAUUCCCGUAUUUACGGUAAGCAAUAGACAAACCGGAAGUAGACGCGCUUGAUGUUGUAGAGAUUCUGGGAAGAUUGCUAUAAUAACAAUAAAAUAAGUAUUUUUAUUAUUAUUAAUAUUAAUAUCUCAGCAGAAAAGGUCGAGACUGAAGUUCGGGUGUAUGAGGGGCUGAUUUAUCGAAGAGGACGAUGCUCUCGGAGGACACGGCGACCAGCAGCAGCGUUUCUUUCCAUAGUAGGCUGGCCUCGGUCAUGGCCGUGGUGGCUCAGUCGGCUGUGGCUGAAAUCAGCAAAUUGUACGAUGACGGGCUGCUGGUGCUGCGCCUGGAGGUCUGCCGCAAAGACUCUGAAAUCGAGGCGCUGAAGAUUAAACUACAGACGGUUGAAAACGAGCUGCGGCUUCUGAAAGACUGUCAGCGCCCAGAGAUCACCAACCUGCUCCCUGCUGCCUGCUCACACAGACAAGCAGACCUUGUAGAAUGCACAGAGAGGACAAAUCAGCAUCUUUCUUGGAAACAACCUGCUAUUGAUGUGUGCGAUGGUAAGGAAAACGAUCAUGCAGGUGAAAUGAACUACAGAUCCUCAGAAGAAAUAAAUUCGCAGGACACUCUCACAAAGGAAACCGCACUCACCUCUACAGAGCCACAACCUUCCACAGAGGAUCUGAACCAGCCAGCAUUCUGCGAGGAAGAGAGUGGAGCAGAGUUUCUGAAAGAAACAGAACAGGGGAUACAGACAGUUAUUUUAGAUGAGAGCAUUGAGUGUGUGGUGAUCGAGGACAGAAAAACACAGCUUUGGUCAUCCACGGAGAACGGCGUGGAACAUGCAGAGGACCCUGACUGCUCUAUUGUAACUGAACAAGACGGACAUCCGCAGAUCUCCUCCGUGUGGAGUGUCAGUUCUAGUACAUCCAGUCCUGUUGGUGAUAUGACUAUGACAAACAGAGUCAAUGUAGAAGAAAUGAGACAGCACAUGAUGCCACAGCAGCCCAGGAGCGCAGGAGGAUCAACAGACCUAAACCCAUCACGACAGGUAAAACACAGAGCAAAUGCAGCGGUCCAGCCCAGGCUCUUACUUCCUUCAAAAACUCAUGAACGGGUCACGCUCUUAAGCAGUAGCAUAAGCCCGAAGAACCGAGGAACUGUCACAGUAAAUGACAUUGCUAUAGCCAGGUUACCUCAGAGGAGAAGGCCAGUCAGAGAGAAAUGGUUCAUGUGUUCGUUCUGUGGGAAAAGCUUUGACCGUAUUAGCCACCUUCAGAUGCACCACAGAAUUCACACCGGAGAGAAACCGUUCCACUGCGGCAUGUGCGGGAAGAGUUUCUCUCAGCAAAGCAACUUACGCACACACCAGAAAACACACACAGAUCUCAGGACACAAAGCAAAACAUUUUGAAAAUAAGACUAGAACAUGUGUGUCAGUAAAAACAAAUUCUAGCACGUAAACCAACACCUAGCCAUCUUGGUUUUGUUCAUUUUAUUUUUUACAAUAAACAAAAAGUUGCCAAUACUUCUGUUACUGUCUUUACAAAAUGCACAGUAGAAUACGGAAAAAAAUACACAAAAGUCAUGAAAAGGUAUACAUUGCUC